GGAGGGGGGGGGGAGCCCCGGAGCCGGCAGCGCGCCCGGUACCGGCGCUGGAGCGGUUGAAGCGGGCUCUUACCGGUUGAAGAUGCACUUGUUCCGGAGCUCCAGCUACGAGAUCCGGCUGGAGGGCGAGGGGGGCAGCCUGCCCCGCAUCCAGGGCAUCCGCUGGACCCCGCUCUUGGACACGGAAUCCAGCCUGGACUAUGGACACAGCCUCACGCAGGCAUCCCCGGAUAGGAUCUGGCGAGCAGGGAAGCUCCUUUACAUCCACCUCACCAGCACCCGGCCGGGCCUCAUCCGGGACCACAAGCAUCACCUGCGGCACCACAGGCGGUGCUGCUCCGGCCGGGAGCUGGUGGAUUGGCUGCUCAGCACCGGGCUGGCCCUGCAGACCCGCAGCCAAGCCAUCGGCAUCUGCCAGGUCCUGGUGGAUGGAGGCGUCCUGACGCACGUGAAGCAGGAGUGGCAUUUCCAGGACAAGGACACCCAGUUCUAUCGCUUUGCCGAGCUGGAGCUGAGCCCCGAUCCCGGCGCUGGGCUCCGGGAUGCGGAGGAGCUGCUGGAGGCUUUGGCAUUCCUGGCUCAGCUGGGUGCCGAUGCGCUGCUCACCAUGGCCCUGCGCAAGCCGCCUGCUCAGCGCACGGAGGAUGAGCUGGAGCUCAUAUUCGAGGAGCUGCUCCACAUCAAAGCCGUGGCUCAUCUCUCGCGCUCGGUGAAGAGGGAGCUGGCGGCCGUGCUGAUGUUCGAGUCGCACCAGAGAGCAGGCACCGUGUUGUUCAGCCAAGGAGACAAAGGCACCUCGUGGUACAUCAUCUGGAAGGGCUCAGUGAACGUGGUCACCCACGGCAAGGGCUUGGUGACCACCCUGCACGAGGGGGACGACUUUGGGCAGCUGGCUCUGGUGAACGAUGCUCCCCGUGCGGCCACCAUCAUCCUGCGAGAGGACAACUGCCACUUCCUGCGUGUGGACAAGCAGGACUUCAACCGCAUCCUCAAGGACGUGGAGGCCAACACCAUGCGCCUGAAGGAGCACGGGAAGGUGGUGCUGGUCCUGCAGAAGAACCUGCAGGGGGGCAGCAACCAGCCAGCCACGGCGCGGAGCAGCAGGUACUUGGUGAUGGCUGGGACACCGGAGAAGAUCCUGGAGCAUCUCCUGGAGUUCAUGAGGCUCGAUGCCACGCUCUAUGACCCUGUGGACACGCUGCUGGGGGAUUUCCUGCUCACCUACACCGUGUUCAUGCCGACCUCGCAGCUCUGCAGGGCUCUGCUGCACCAUUUCCGUGCGGAGCCCAUGGAGGGCUCGGAGCAGGAUAAGGCCACCUAUUCCCUGCACAAGCGCCGCAAGAUCCUGCGCCUGGUGAGCCAGUGGGUGCUGCUCUACGGGCGGCUGCUGCAGGGCGACCGCAGCACCACGGCCCUGCUGCAGAACCUGGCGGACCUGGCGAGCCAGGACCCCCGCCUGGGUGCCAUGGGCCAGGAGGCAGCGCCGGAGCGGCGGCGGCCCCGAGCGCUGGAGAAUGGAGAUGGGAGUGUUUCACCCCAGCCCAAGGCUCAGGGCUCGGUGACCUGGUUGGGGAGCCAGGAGGAGGCGAUUGUGAGCAGCACUUGUGCCUUGAGAGCCCAGGACAAAGUGCCCUAUGAGAUCUACCGAGCCGACCACUCCUGCCUGGUCACGGUGCUGCCCAUCAACGCCUCGGUGCGGGAUGUGCUGCGGUCCCUGGCCCCACGGCUGGGCCGUGAUGGGGAGCACGUCCUGGUCAAGGUGAACUCGGCUGGAGACAAAGUGGGGCUGCAGCUGGAUGCUGUCGGGGUCUUCACAGCGCUGGGGCUCAACGAGAGGCUCUUUGCUGUGAGCGUGGAGGAGCUCAGCAGCUUGACCCCGCAUCCGGAGCAGUUGGGCCCCCAGGUUGGCUCCUCAGACACCCUGGACCUCAUCAGCUCCAAGGACCUCGCCAGCCACCUCACCGACUACGACUGGAGCCUCUUCAAGAGCAUCCAUCAGGUGGAGAUGCUGCACUUCGUCACGCGGCCGCCCCGGUUCCACGCCGUCACCACGGCCAACCUGGCGCGGGUGAUGCGGCGCUUCAACGAGCUGCAGUUCUGGGUGGCCACCGAGCUCUGCCUCUGCGCCGACGUGGCCCGGAGGGCGCAGCUCCUCCGCAAGUUCAUCAAGCUGGCGGCGCACCUCAAGGAGCAGAAGAACCUCAACUCCUUCUUCGCCGUCAUGUUUGGUGUGAGCAACACGGCCGUCAGCCGCCUGGCCAGGACCUGGGAGAGGCUGCCCCAUAAGAUCCGGAAGCUGCACUCGGUGCUGGAGCGGAUGCUGGACCCAUCCUGGAACCACAGGGUCUAUCGCCUGGCCGUCGCCAAGCUGAGCCCCCCCAUCAUCCCCUUUGUGCCCCUUCUCCUCAAAGACAUGACGUUCAUCCACGAGGGCAACCACACGCUGGCCGAGAACCUCAUCAACUUUGAGAAGAUGCACAUGAUGGCCAAGAGCCUGCGUGUCCUGCAGCGCUGCCGCGGCCAGGCGCACGCUCCACUCUCUCCGCUGCGAACCCGCUCUCAGCACCGGCCCGAGGACCCCACGGCUGUCCGGAUGUCCACAUGCUCGGAGCAGUCGCUCAGCGUGCGCAGCCCCGUCUCUACCUGGGCCUAUCUGCAGCACCUGAGAGCCAUCGACAGCCAGAAGGAGCUGCUGCGGCUUUCCAGAGACCUGGAACCCUGACCCAGCCCGGAGCAGGGAUGUGGCACUGGGGCUGCCCCAUAGCUCUGCUCCCAGGAGCACCGGGCACGGGGCUGGGCUGGAGCCAGCCAAGAGCUGCUCCUGCUUGGCCUAAGAGGCAGAAUUGGCCCGUGGGCACUGGGGCGAGCACUGGAGGUGCUGCAUUCCCCUUUCCUCUCCGUGCAGCAGCCUUGGAUUCGCUUCCCUGCUCCAGCCGGGAAGGAGGAAGGAGCCUGGAUGCCCCCAUUGCCGCCCAUCCCGUGGGUACCAGGCUGGGAGAUGCCGCUUCCCUAUGGAGGACCUCAAGCCGGAGCAUCCCCUAUGAGCAGGGACCAUGAGUCUGUCUCCAUGAGGGUCUGCCUCCUGCUGCCCCAUGGAUCACAGGGGGUCUGCCCUUCCCUCUGGUGUGUCCCAUGGGAGAUGCUGGCUCCCAUCCCAUGGGAGCUGCGUGAUCCCAGAACCAUGGGGGAAAUACCUUGAUCCCCCCCCUCCCAGAACUGUUGGGGGUUAAAGCAGCCUCCUCCGUGCCUCAGUUUCCCCACAUGGAUGUGGGGCAGGAUUAGCCAUGUCCAGCCAUGGGACAGCAUCAGGCCUGGAGGGAAGGAAGCCGUGGGGGGGCCUCCUGAUGGAGACGGGGACCUGCUCCAGCCAUUCCCAACCCACGGCCACAAGCAGGGCUUAGGGGGUGAUGCCUUUGGAGGAAGCAGUUGAUGGACCCCAGGGGCCAGGACCCUCCGAGCGUCUUGAUGCACGUGGAGCGCUUUGACAACGACCUCGAGCAGGCCUGGAUGAAGCUGUGGGGCUCAGGGGACAUCAGAGCCCAUAAAGGGACCCACCACCAUGGGUGCUGUGUGCCAUGGCCAGGACACCGCAAGCCAAACCCUCACCAGCCUUGCCCCAAGGGCUACAAGGACCAGAGCAUUGGUUGCCCUUCAAGCUGUGCACGUCGAUGGGUUGAUGACAAUAAAGGUCCUAUCACA